AUGUCAGAUUAUAUUUUAUCAGCAGAAAUUAAUCUUCCAUUAUUAAAAUGGAUGACCAGUUUUAAAUUAAAUUCAAAUUUAUUUUCAACAUCAAGAAACCAAUCAUUGAAAUCUAUAAGUGAAAUCUAUAGAGAUCUUCAAUAUAAUAUUAUUCCACCAAAAGAUGAGGAACUUCAAAAUCUAUGGACACAUCUUUAUGAUUUAAAUAAUUAUUAUUCAAAUUCAAUUGAAUAUAAUCAAGUUGAAAAAUCAUUAAUGGGAUUAAAAUCCAAAUAUAGAAAUAGUUAUUUAAAAGGAUAUUAUGAAAUAAUUAAUUUGUUUCAAUCAAUUGCAAAUGAUUUUGAAAAGUUAUCAUCACCAAUAUCACAGACGACAACAACAACACAAAUACCAAUUAUUUCAUUCAAUAAAAAUAGUGUAUUGGAUGCAAUAAAUAAUAGAAAGAAUGAAAAUAAAGAGAAUAGUUUUAAAUUUUUAUCAUCAUUUGAAUCAUAUGUACCAACAGUAGAAGAGAUUAAAAGAAUUUAUUGUAUUGAUAAUAAAGAGAUUUUAAUUGAUAAAUCAUGUACUUUACCUGUAGAAUAUAAAUUAUUUCAUAGUUUUUCAUUAUUAAAUUUAUAUGUUUAUUUAAUAAUUGUAAUUAGAAUCAUUAAAUUAAUUGGUGAAAUUAAUCGUCAAUCUUCAAAUGCUUCAGAGAAUCAAGAGAUUUUACAUUUAUUAAAAGAAUAUUCUUUACAUAUUAAAUCAAUUGAAGAAUUUCAAUUACAAUUAAAAUUAAAUAACCUUUAUUAUCAACCAACUAAAAAAGAAAUAAUUUUAAAAUAUUUUGUUGAAAUUAAUUCAAAUAAUAAUUUAAAUAAUUUAAAUAAUAAUAAUGAUAAUAAUUUAAAUAAUAAUAAUAGUAAUAAUAAUUUAAAUAAUAAUAAUAAUAGUAAUAGUAAUUUUAAUAAUGAUAAUAAUUUAAAUAGCAAUAUAAAUAGUAACGAUACUAGUAUUAGUAAUAAUAAUAGUAUUAUUAAUAAUAAUAGUAAUAAUAGUAAUACUAAUAAUAAUAAUAAUAAUAAUAUUAUAAAUAAUAUUAAAAUAUUUGAAUUUUCAGAAAAAGAAUUAAAAUAUUCAAAAAGAUAUUAUUCAUAUAAUGAAUUUACAUUAAGACCAGCAGAAUUACCAAAUAAUAGUUUAGGUAUUGAAACUCAAAAUUUAAUAUUUUAUACGACCUCAAAUUAUAAUUCUGGAAAUAGUAAUAGUGGUUCUAAUAAUUCUAAUAGUUCCAAUAAUAAUAGUUCAAGUAAUUCAUUGAUAAAUAAUUCAGGUGGUAAUAGUAAUAGUGGUUUAAUACCAAAAAUUAAAUUUAAUCAUCAUAGACCAAAAGAUAUAAAUCCAAAAAUAGUUUUAGCAGUUUAUAAUAAUAUUUUAUCAAUGUCUAAAGUUAUUGAUAAAAAAACAAUUAAUUCAAUGAAUGAAAUUAUAAAAAAUAAUAAUAAUAAUAAUAACAAUAAUAGUAAUAAUAAUAAUAAUAAUAAUGAUGAAGAUGAUAGUGAUUAUGAAGAAAAUGAAUUUAAUAAAGAAUUUAAUAAUCAAUUUGAAUUUGGUAGUGAAAUUAUUGAACAGGAUAAAGAAUGUUAUAUAUGCAGAUUUAGAUCAGAAUUUAUAAGUUUUUGUAAUUAUUGUAAAUGUAAAAUGAUUUGUGAUUUAUGUUCAGUGAAUAAAGUCUGUUGGAAUUGUUAUUUCAAAGUUGACAAAGUAUCUGGUAAUGAACAACAGCAACAGCAACAACAUUUCAUACCAUUAGAGGUGGUUGUAAAAUUAAAGGAUAGAAAAUAUCCAAGAUUAAUCUAUAUGCUACUAAGGUCAUAUUCAUUUCGUGAUCUUAUGAAUACUCUUUAUCAGGAUCGUUUUGAAAGAGAUUCAGUUAUAUCACCAAAAGAUAGAUUCACUUAUAAGUUACAUAAAACUAAAUUGUACAAUUUUCAUUUGGUUUUACCAAAUUGUAAAAAUCCUUUUCAAACUAAAGAAAUUCAAAUAUUUGAUGAUUAUAGUUUAAUAAUUGCUUUACGUUUAUUAAUGAAUUUUAUUUUAUCAAAUUAUAUAAUCGAUCAAAAAGAAGUUCCACCACCACCAACUCAACCUUCAUCAAGACCACAAUCACCACCAACUGUAUCACCAUUAACACCAUUAAAUAAUCAUCAUCAUAGUGGUGGUAGUUUAUUAGAACAUGCUAUUGCUAGAAAUUUUAAUAAUAAUAGUGUUGAAGUUGUGUCAGAUGAUAACACAAGUGGUAGUGGUACAGGUGGAAGUAAUAGUAAUAGUAACACAGGUGGAAGUUAUAAUAAAUUUAAUAAUAAUAAUAACAAUAGAAAGAAUAGUACAGGUAGUGGUACAAAUAGUAGAAAUAAUAAUAGUGAUAAUGAAUAUUCCUAUAAUAAUAAUAAUAAUAACUAUAAUAAUAAUAAUAAUAAUAAAAUUAUUAAUAAUAAUAGUAUUGUUACAGUUGAAAAUCCAAUUUUAUGGAAUAUUGAUAAAUUUAUAUUAAAUGUUAUAGAAAGUUCCAUUGAUAUUGAACAAUCAUUAAAGAUACCAUCAUCAUGUAUAGAAACAGAAAUUGAACCAUUUGCAUCGGGUGGUCAAGCAAAUAUUUAUAUGGUUAAACAUAUUGAUUGGCCAAUGUUAUCAAAUUGUCCAGAGGGUUCUUAUGUUUUUAAACAAUUUAUAGAGACAAAAGAUUCACUUCAAUUGGAAGAAGAUAUUGAAAGGGAAAUGUAUGAAGAGAAAAUUUAUCAAACUUAUAAAACUGGUGAAUCAGUUGACAAUUUCAAAUACAAUUUUAGUAAUGUUGAGCAAACUGAUAAGAAAUCUUUAGAGACAUUAUUCUAUGAAGAGGUGGAUAAAUUAAAGCGUUUACAAUUCUCUGAUUAUAUCAUUAAAAUGCCUGCAAUCUCUGAUGAUAAUCCAAACAAACGUGGUAUGUUAUUAGAGUGUGCCACUGCGGGUUCAUUGAAAACCAAUUUAUUAGAGUACAGAUCCUGGAAGUUGGUAAUUAGAUUUAUGAUGGAUAUUUGUUUAGGUAUGAUUGAUAUUCAUAAAUGUCAAAUCAUCCAUCGUGAUUUAAAACCUGAUAAUAUCCUUGUCUUUGAAAAUUUCAAUAGUUCUGAAGCUUCCGAUGAAAAUGAUGAACGUCAAAGAGAAUUUGGUGGGUUAAUUUGUAAAAUCACAGAUUUAGGUGCAUCAAUUCAAAAGGAAUUAGUGCAUGAUAAUAAUUUCACUUCAACUUUUCAUACAGAUGACUAUGUUCCCGAAGAGUAUGGUAGAUUCCAAUACGAUGGUGAAAAGGUUGAUAUCUAUUCCUUUGGUUGUACAUUCUUUGAAAUGGUUACAAAACAUAGAUAUCAAUAUAAACAUCCAACUCCAUUACAUCGUGAUUUCCUAACCACUGAUUUCCAAUAUAUUCCAAUCCGUAUCAAAACUUUAAUCGCCUCUUUAUUGGCUGAACAAUCACAAAGAAAACAAUCCUUUAAUGAAGUUUAUAAUGAUUUACAAGAUAUUUAUAAAAAUGUUAUACCUGGUUUACCUGAUAUACCACUUUCACCAAUUUCAACAAAUGGUAGUCAAUUUUGUAAAAGAUGUAAUCCUCAAAAAUAA